UAUCUAACAAUACUCGUGAGUGCUGCGGUAACUAUUGAGCGUAUAAGUAUUUCUAGAAUUCGCGUUUCGGUACUUGAUGGAUACCUCGCUGAUCGUUUCUCUUCCCUGAUUCUUAAUCCUUGCGCAAUCUUUGCAUCCUUUAUCAUGAAGAUCCCCACUGUUGGUGUAGCCUCGUUGCUAGCAGUCAAUGCAUAUGGCUCACCCCUGCUAUCUUCAGAUGCAUUCAGCUCUGUCUCAGGAGUCAACUCCAAUGUGAAGCGACAAGGGCCUGGAUCGUACUAUGCCAUCACUGGGGCAAAGGGGGGCGUCCAGCCUCGGGUCGAGAUCAGAGAUCUGGAGAAAGCUGGAGGAGAAAUGUGGAACCUCUUCCUUCUCGCUCUCGCAGAAUUCAAAGCGAUUGAUCAGAAUGUCAUCGACUCCUACUAUCAAAUUGCAGGUAUCCAUGGAAUGCCAUGGGAAUCAUGGGACGGUGUAGAUGGUAUCAAUCCCUUGCCCAACAUGGGCUACUGUCCACAUAAUCAACUUCUGUUUGGCGUUUGGCAUCGUCCGUAUCUCAUACUUUUCGAAUUACAAGAAGUUGCAUCCGGCAUAGCAGACACCUUUCCGACGGCGACCCGGACCAAAUACCAGGAAGCUGCUUCGAGCCUCCGCAUUCCGUUCUGGGACUGGGCUAAAGCUGUUCCUACAGACCAGCCUCUCUUUCCAUCCUCCAUGUCGAAUGAAAAAGCGACUGUGUCAUUCCCCAAUGGCACGACUGCUUCGAUCGAUAACCCGUUGUACGAGUACAGGUUUCAUCCACUCGAUAAUACGCAGAUCAAUGGAACCGGCUGCGGUCUUGGUGCAGGACCUAGCGGAGGCUUGCCCUCUGUCUGUGAUAACUCGCUAAUGACUGUUCGUGCCCAUGCCACAGCCAGCAACUACGGGACUUUGGAGGACAAUUUGCGCAGAUACCAUGCCAGCCGACGCACCUCGCUGUACAACGUUUUGUCGCAGUCUCAAACCUUUACUCAAAUGUCCAAUGCAGACCUUUGUGGAGGAUCGAGCAGCGUCGGCGACAUUGAAUCGAUUCAUAACCCAAUUCACAUCGCUUUCUUCCCAGGGCAUAUGAGUCCCGCCAGUGUCUCCGCAUUCGACCCUGCAUUUUGGUUCCAUCACGCGAACGUCGAUCGCCAGAUUGCGCUUUGGCAAGCAGUGUUCCCUGAAACGUACCUUGAGUCCUGCGAUGCUGGGUCAGGAACAUGGACGAUCGAGCGAGGCCAGCUUCUCGAUGCCGAUUCACCUCUCACGCCUUUCCAUAAGAAUGCUGCAGGUGAUUUCUGGACAGCGACCAACUCUCGCAACAUCAACGACAUGGGAUACACUUAUCCCGAACUCGCCAACAAUCCGUCCAACGCUUCUAUUGUGGCGGCUAUCAAAGCGCAAUAUUCGGGCCCACCUGAUGUCCCCGUUGGAACUGCGCAAGCCAAGUCGCAAGCCUCCUCGUCCUCGAAAAGAGAGCUCUUCUUGGCCGAAGUCAAGCUUCCCCCAUAUGGCCUUGAUGACGGAAAGACAGGUUCAUCGCCAUACAACGUACUUGUCUCUCUAGAGGGUGUCGAGGAGAUUGCAGGUAUGGCGUCGACACUCGGUAGCGCGAGCGUGCGGGAUGACAAGAUCACGCCUGUGCCAGUGGAUCUUACCAGUGCUUUGAACAAGGCCAUUGCUGAUGGUGCUACUACUGCUGAGAAAGCGCGUGAUUACCUGAAGGCGAACCUCAAGUAUCAAGUUGAACUUGGCGGCGUGGAUAUUCCCAAGGAGGAUAUUCCGUUACUCGAGGUGUCCUUGAUCAGUGUUGAUGUCGAAGUCGCGCAAUCGGAGGACACAUUUGACCGAUGGGUGGGUGACUUUAAACAACACGGCACUAUUCAGGCAUAAGUAACGUACCUCCGCAUCGU